UUUGACUAUUCUUAAGAGCUUUUGUUUUUAAAAUUCCUAUUAUGACUAUUGAGUCACAAUAUCGGACAAGGAUUAUUAAGAUACGUGUUCGUUUAAGUGAUUAAAGUAUAUUCGGAUUACUACUACCUAACGUGCUAUCGACAGCCCGACCGACAAUCCCGAGCUGCAAAUAUAAUUAUCGCUAACACAUACACAUUAAUAGAUGAUAUGCGAACAUAUUAUGUUGUCCCUACAUGACUAUGGUACUUUUUGGAAAAAAAUAUUUGACAAAAUAAUGGUUUUGAAAUUAAAAUUUUUGAAACGGCUGCUUCUAUUAAUGCGUGCACGUUUCGAAGUUGAAUUUUGAAGUCUGAUUUAAGAUACAUCCCUGUGACAUUCGGAGCCAUCUGUUUAUACAAUUAUCGGCUAAGAACCGAGUCUGUAGCGCGGGCUGUUCAUCCUAAAUGACUCUUUCAUGAACGAUAGCCCUCGGGGUACUUAUUAGUGAGUCGCCAUUCCCCGAGUUUAGUAGACAGCACGCAUUCGACCUAGUCAUAUAUGUACGUGUCGUUCAAAUUAAAUGUAAUGGAUAGUUUCAUGAAUUACCAGUGCACAGAUGAGGCAUGGGAUCAAAGGAAUCUGUUCGCGAAGCCUUUUCAGAACGGCGUGGAUGCGGUGCCGGCGGUUAAGCAAAGAUGCCAAGCAAAUGCUCGCGAGAGGGACAGGACACAAAACAGUGUCAACAUGGCGUUUAAUACGCUUCGUCUGCUGAUACCGACGGAGCCUCCUGACAGGAAACUCAGCAAGAUCGAAAUCCUCAGACUAGCAGGAAGUUAUAUAACACACCUUGACAAUCAGCUUUAUACCGGAAAUAUGGAACGGCCAUGCUUACAGAAAACCGAUGCGGAUGAUAAAAACACAACAAUGUGCACUUUUUGUUGGACUUCAGUUAAAAAAGAGAAAAUCAGUGCAUCGAAAUUGGAUACCUUUUAUAAGAGUUCAUAUUAAAAUGUACAGUAUAAACAUUUUUGAAUCAUAAUUACGGUUGCUUAAAGAAAUAAUAAACGUUGUUGAAAAAAAUUGGUGACGUUUGAUACAUAUGCUACGGUUUCUAGAUGUAAGAAAAGUAAAAGACACAUUUAGUUUGAAAUUUAUGGUUUUCAAAAAAUAAAUAUAUUUAAUUGAUUUAUGUGAGUAAAUAUUAGCAAAAAUUAGGACUAGACUUUGUAAAUAAUUCAGUAAGGUAACCCACUUAUAAUUGUAACAUUAACCUGCAAUUUCUCUUAUACUUUGCGAUACCUAAUCAAUAUUAUUACUUUAUAAAUAAUAACUUCAUUAAUCCGAUAAUUUAAAUGAAUUAAAUUUAUUGAUUAUUUUUUACGUUAAGUUGAUUAAAAAAUUAAGUAAUGCUUGCUUUUAUGUUGAAUGUUAUAAUUUAAUGCUUACAUACUAUUGUAAUCUGCAGUAAUUUGGUUUGGAUAUAAGUUUAGUAUUUGACAAAAUUUGUAAUAUUUUUACAAUAAGAAAUCGGGAAAACAGUUCGUGAACUUCAUGGUUUUCAUAUAAAUUUCGAUACAUUUCAUAAUUUUUACUUUUGUUAUAAAUUUCGUAGUGUUAAUAUUCAACAAAGAAAGGUCUAUCUGAAGCACUAUCUGAGUGUUCUAAUGCGAUUCCCAACCCGAACCCGUGCGUGUAGGUACUAUGGUAAGCACUACUGUUCUAUCAAUUUCAGAACAAAAGAUAGGACAGCUGGCAAACGACACAAUUCCAAUUGCGGUUCGAAAUUAAUGACUGAAGUUAGCCAUUGUUUUUUUUUUACUUAUUAUGAUAGCCUUAGAGGCUGUUUCAGCUUCCCCUAGGGUCUUACCGUGUAGCUGAGCUUUCGAGGCUCUAUCUAACCCGUAGUGUUGCAGAAUCUACCACCGGAUCGGAAACGCGACCCACUGAGACGAUCCGGCGAGAAACUCAGUGGGCUGUGUCUAUGGGUUAAUUUACUCGUCAAGCCCUUCGUCGCAAGCAACGGGUUCGGCAAGGACGGUGACCCGUGCUUGAGGUGCCUAAAAGCACCGUUAAUGGAUCGGGAGGAUCCGUAUUGAAGUAUUUAGGGCGACGUCGACUGUUUGCCAUUUGGUCCACAGGAUCGGAGAUGUAAUUUCCGGCGUCACGUCAAGAGGGUUUUCGUGUCGUGCCGCCUUGGAAUUCACUACUGCCACUACUUAAUAUCAGACCGAUUGUGAUUUAACUUAGUUUAACCAUCUUAUAUAGAAUAAAAUGAGGUAUAUAUGGAAAAUAUUUCGAAUUGUUUAAGAAUUCGUGGCUAACUGCAUUAAAAACUAACCAGCCAUCAUCAAGACAUUUAUAAGAACGCUGAAAUAUUGAAAACUCAUUGUAACUAAAAAACGUGGGAAGAACCUAACAACAAAUGUUUAUAAGGUAAACAUUUCGCAUUGUUGGGGAAAGCUUAAAUAUAUUUUUCACUAUAACCUACAAGUUUUCUUUCGUCAUUCCAAUUUGAAAUUCAAAUGAUGUCCUCUAUAAACUGGUUUUUCAAAUAAAACAAAUUUUAUCAAAAUGGCACAAUUUAUUCAAAUUCUACUGAACUAUUUAAGUAGACAUUAAACUGUUGAAAAUUGUAAAGUAAUCACAACCAGUGUUUUAAUUUAAAUACGUGAUCAUUUUUAUUAUUAUUAUUAUCAUGUACAAAUAUGUAGUAAGUCUUCUUGGCAGUGCGCUUAGUAUAAAUUUUGAAUACCUCAAACGAAAGAUAAUUUAUUCUUAAGUACAUGUAUAUUUACAAUAAUUUACAUUUAAAUAAUAGUA